CCGGCGGAACCGCAGCCGGUUCGGCCCCCGGCAGUGCGGGACCGGUCCCGGUCCCGGUACCGGGUGGGCGCCAUGUCCGCCAUGACACCCCCAGCCAAUCAGCGCGGGGCGGCAUUUCCCAGCCUGCCCCUCCACUUCCGGGUUCCGUACCCCGUUGCUAGGCGACGGCACCGAGAGUUUGGUUGGAGGAUGGAGUCCUCCCCCCUCCCAGAGCCAGGAUUUCCUGCAGAAAAACCCUCAGCUGGGCCACCAGCCCCAACCCAUCUCCUGGUGGGUGUGACAGGGAGUGUGGCUGCCCUGAAGCUGCCCCUCCUCAUCCAGGAGCUGCUGAAAAUCCCUGGGCUCGAGGUGAAGGUGGUUACUACAGAGAGAGCAAAGCAUUUCUACAAUGCCCAGGAGAUCCCUGUCACCCUCUACAGUGAUGAAGAUGAAUGGCAGCUCUGGAAAGGUCGCUCAGACCCAGUGCUGCACAUCGAGCUGAGGCGCUGGGCUGACCUCAUGGUGGUGGCACCUCUGGAUGCAAACACCCUGGCCAAGCUGGCCAAUGGCAUCUGUGACAACCUGCUGACUUGUGUCAUCCGUGCUUGGGAUUUGAGGAAACCUCUGCUCUUCUGCCCAGCUAUGAACACAGCCAUGUGGGAACAUCCCCUCACAGCUCAGCAGGUGGAGCAGCUGAAAGGCUUUGGCUACAUCGAGGUCCCCUGCGUGGUGAAGAAACUUGUGUGUGGAGAUGAAGGUCGCGGUGCCAUGGCAGAAGUGUGGACCAUUGUGGAGAGGGUGAAAAGGAUCCUUGAGGAACGGGACUUGCCAAUGCAGAGCUGAUGGUUGGGCACGUGGAUUGUGUUUGUUUGCCUCCCUGAUGGUUUGGAGCCAAACUCAACAGGAAGCUGGGUCGAGGUGGCACAGGUCCCCAGAGCGCUCUGCAGCCGGAGGAGUGAGACGGUUGUGUUCCACCUGGUGCCAAACUGAAAUGUGGCACAUCACUGCAAACCAGAGCCCAGAACGUGCUGCUUUAGUGUGGGAAGCCUCUGUGGUACCUCACAGAGAAGGAGUAACGUUCUGGCUGUUCCACGUGUGCUCUUUCCUGAGGAGCCUGGCCCAGUGUUUCCCCCAGGGGCUGCCAGAAAGUCCUGGUGAUGGGGAUGAUGUGAGCCCCUUCCAGCCUGUCAGGGUGGGGACAUCCCUGAUCCAUAGCUUGAUCCAUAGCUCUGCUGGCUUCACCUUCCCAGCAUCAAUCACUGUCCAAAAAGCUUUUUCUCCCCAGAAAUUUAAUAAAAAAAGACCCUUUGAUUCUGC